AUGGCAGAUUGGACAGCGCAUGCCGAAGUGUCCGACGUGAAACGAAAGAAGAAGAAAUCAUCGCAAGAUGUUUCUGGUGAACAUGUUUUGAAACCGUCUAAUGUCACCGGUAGUGUCCGCGGAAGCAAAUGGCCAAUUCUAUUGAAGAAUAUGGACAAAAUGAAUGUUAGAACCAAUCAUUUCACCCCACUCGUGGAAGGUUGUUCUCCGUGGGAUCGUGCAAUAUCUGAAUAUGUUCAAACAGGGUUCAUCAACUUGGACAAACCGUCGAAUCCAAGUUCGCACGAAGUCGUGGCGUGGAUUAAGCGAAUUCUGAAAGUUGAAAAAACCGGGCAUUCUGGAACUUUGGAUCCUAAGGUGACGGGAUGUUUGAUCGUUUGCAUUGACAAAGCGACCAAGUUGGUAAAAUCUCAACAAGGAUUGGGCAAAGAAUACAUCUGCGUGUUCAAACUCCAUGGGCAUGCAAGUGAGAAAGACGUCCUCAGGACUUUGGAAAAGCUGGAAGGGGCCCAGUAUCAAAGACCACCAGUUGUUUCCGCUGUCAAGCGUCAACUUCGAGUUCGUACAAUUUACGAGAAUAGACUCCUUGAGUACGACGCAAAACGAAAUGUUGGCAUAUUUCGUGUGAAGUGCGAAGCCGGCACGUACGUCCGAACAAUCUGUGUAUGUUUGGGUCUCAUGCUUGGGGUUGGUGGUCAAAUGCAGGAGCUUCGUCGUUCGAAGUCUGGUGUGCAGACGGAAGAGGAAGAUAUGGUUACCAUGCACGAACUCAAAGAUGCACAGUGGUUGUACGAGAAUCACGGAAUCGAAUCUGAGCUUCGUCGCUGCAUUCGUCCUCUUGAAGCUCUUCUGACGCAAUACAAGCGCAUCAUUGUGAAAGAUUCUGCAGUGAACGCCAUUUGUUACGGUGCGAAGUUGUUACUUCCGGGAGUUCUCAGGUACGAUGACGGAAUUGAGAUGAACUCCAUAAUUGUUAUCGUCACGACCAAAGGCGAAGCUAUCGCACUUGGAAUCGCUGUUAUGACGACCAGCACAAUGUCAACUUGUGAUCACGGGGUUGUUGCCAAGAUGAAGCGCGUCAUCAUGGAUCGUGACAAGUACCCGCGCAAAUGGAAGCUUGGACCGGUUGCGCGUAAGAAGUUGGCGAUGAUAAAAGAUGGGCUGUUGGACAAAUACGGCAAAGCUAACGAAAAAACUCCUGCAUCUUGGGCUAAAGAUUACUCGGAAACUUUGAAGCAAGAAGCUGCUGAAGAUGAUGCUCCAGUUGCAAAGCGCAAGUUGCCGGGGAGCCCUUCGGCUGCGAUUCAGGGUUCGAAGAAAAAAGCGAAGCCCUCGGUCGAUGAGAGCUUCGUCAAAGAAGAAGCUGUCAAAGAUGAACCUGUUGAAACUCCGCCGAAAUCCGAGAAGAAGAAAAAAAAGAAGUCUCAGGUGCCUCAGGUAGAAGAAGAAGACGUUGCCGAAGAACAGGAUCUGCAACAUUUGACGAACAUCAUACAUGGUAUCUUCUCUUCAUCAAAUUAUGACAGUGGUCGCAGAAUGGAUGUUAGUGAAGAUGAAGAGAUUCUUCGUGAUUUCCGCCCUCCUUCCUCGCGUGGAAGCUCGGUUUCGUCUUCCGUACGCGAAAAGACACACGCGAUGAGGACUAGGUCAGACGGUGCUGCGGAAUCCAGUAACGGAAUCGGAACGCCAAGUGGAUCGCGCUUAUCGAAGUAUAGGGUUUCGAAACGUGAAUCGACCAUGGAAAUUCGAACCAUCGAUGAGCAGCUGGAAUACGGUUCCGAUGACAAUGCGUCCGAUAAUUCCGUGGUCUGUUUGACGGGAAGGAGCAGUUCCAUAUUUUCGAGGGUGCGUAACGUGAUGUCUCGGGGGAGGAGAACCGAAGCGCCCAGGGAAGCAAUUGUUACUGCAAGAACCUUGGAUUUGGUGAAUGCUGUGCCGAAAUCAAACGGUAGCCGCGUGUCCACCAACAGUGCUCGAGAUGAUACGGAAAAUAGCUUUUCGCGGACGAGUUCGUCCAGAACUUCCGCGAAUUCGGAAAAUGAUGUGCUGAAUAUGACUUUCGUCGCUUAUGAUGAGAGUGAUGAGUCCACGAGACAAGUUGGUGUGAUUGAGUCUCUUUGGCAUAAUCUUUUAAUACGACCGAAUCGGCAAGUUUUGCAUCUCGGACGGGUGUAUCAAAGUUGGACGUGGAAAAAACAUUUGAUUACGCUUCUGCUGAUCUUAGCUUCUUUCCUGGCUCUUCUUAUUCAAGCUCAGCGAGGGAGUGAACAAUUUUGUGGGAAUCGAAUUCAACUUCCUGUGGCAUUUCAUGAUUCUACCGAAUUUCAUGGUCGCCCAUAUUCGGUGGAGUUUUUCAAGAAAUUAGUCGAUGUCGCUGAUUCGGUUACGUCGCAGAUCUCCGGUGCCUUCCACUUCUUGACCAAUACAACAGAAAAUGGGGUCGUGCACAACACCGAAACAAGUGUUGACCCUAUUCCGUCCGCAGGAUUCGAACAGAAAGCCGGCGAAUCGCCGGGCAGCUUUGUUGCAACUUCACAGUGCCAGUACGACCAGGAACGAGAAAUGGAAUUGAAAAUAGUUAAGGAAAAACUGAGCGAAAUCGAUGGCAUCAAAGAGACUGUCGACCGUCUGGCAUCUGAGUUGGCUUCUUGCAAACAAGCCCCAGUCAUUCAACCUGUGCAGAAGGCGAUUAUUCAACCCCCAGUUCAGCAGUGUCCUGAAUGUGACUGUAAAUGCGAUUGCAGUCAGUCUGGAGCGUUUCUCGCGUUGAGCAAACAGGUUGAGACGCUUCGCACACAAAGCUGCGGCUCGGGCUGUGCGAAGAUGAUGGACGAGAAAAUACUGUUGUACGAUGCUGAUAAGACCGGGAUGACGGAUUAUGCGUUGGAAAGUGGAGGAGGUUCCAUUGUUGGCACGUCGUGUACGACCACUUACUGGCGUGGUUCACGAACCAUGUCCUUCUGGGGAUUCAAGUGGAGAGUGGCCACUAAUCCGAGGAGUACCAUUCAGGAUUCUAGAAUGCCCGGUGAAUGUUGGGCUUUCGAGGGUCAAGUGGGCUACCUGAUCAUCAGAUUGUCCGUCGAAAUCCGAAUCUCUGGGUUCACCAUGGAACACAUUCCUGAUCGGAUAUCUCACGCUGGCGAGGUUACUAGUGCACCCAAAAAUUUCACUGUUUACGGUUUAAAUGAUGAGUAUGAUACUGAACGGAAAGAGUUGGGAUCAUACAUGUACGACAUUAGCAAAGAGCCGUGGCAGUAUUUUCCUGCAGAAAAGGAGUUGGACAGAUCUUUCCAGUACGUUAUGCUACAUGUGAAAAGUAACUGGGGUGAGCCGGAAUUCACGUGCCUUUAUCGGAUUCGAGUCCACGGAUACCCACUGUAGCAGGGAUUGCUGUGCGGCAUUCUUCUGGUUUGAGGAAAUUCAAAGUGCUUCUUACCGGACUUCUCCUUUUUUGAGGUGUUCGUCAAUCUCGUGCAUGGUUCACGAAGUGCUGCGGCGGAUAAGCUGUGAUUAUAUUCGAAAUCUUUUUUCCUUAUCUUUUUUUGAGGAUCACCCGUUGAAGUGUGUUGAUUUUGGUACCGGGUUGUUGUUAUGGCGCGUUGGUUUUUUUAUUUUAUUUUUUAUGCAAACUGAUGGUUCAUGUGUUCCAUUUAUUUGUAUUAGCAAAGGUUGUUUUGGAAGGUUGGUGCGUUCUGAGGUAUUCUUUUGCACUAUUACCCAAUUAACUCCAGCCAUAGUGCUAGUCGGUUUCCUUGGAUAAGUCAACUGAUCAAUUACGCUGGAUUAAUUGCGGUUAAUAGCCUUGCAUCAUAAUUUUUUUUCUUUCAUCAAUCAAAAGUUUCCUUCAAGUAACAGAUUCGAGCAUGGUGCAAAAGCUGGUCUAUUGAAGAUGUUGGGCUCGUGCGACAAAAAUUCGACGAGCCGUUAGAAAUUUAAACGGGCGAAGGGUUCUUGAGUCAAUAGGUUUUGACAAUAAAUGUAAAAUCCUUGUUCAGGAGGUAUUAGAAAAGGUAAAACGAUCGUGAAAUUUCACUUGUUUCACUCCUAUCAACGUAACUUUUGUUUUCCCUGUAUCAUGUGGCAAUUUGCCAACCGUUCAUUCGAAAAGAACAAAGAAAACGUGCCAACCUUGAAGUGUUGUUUUGCAUAUCGCAAUUUAUGUUCACGAAAGACGCGAUUUUUCGUAGAUUCUCGCUUUAAAUUUGUCAUUUUAUUAUGAUUCGCAACAAACGAAUUCGUUGUGUCACGUACAAACAGAACAUUUUGCGGGUAGAAAA